CACUUUCUCUCUUUAUCUUCCUCAACCGGAGGGUCCAUUCAGGCCACUUCUUCCCCUGCUUCCCUUAUCUUUCCCAAAAUACUUCUUUUAUCUGUUGCCUAUUUUGUUCUUUCCGUCGGCGCCGUAGAUGGAGUUGGAGCUGAGGCUUGGAACCUCGCCGGCGAGACCAUUAAAGAAGGCCCUCGUCGGUGGUGGCGGCAGAAGACCGACCACCGGUCUAAAGUUGGGUUUUUGCAGAGCGGAAGGUGAGAAAGAUGCCGUAGAAGUGCGUAGGGGAAGAGAGGUAGAAGAAAGGUGUUCUGUUGAUUCGCCGGCGCAACUUAACCUCCACCUUCCCGCCCACCAUCUGCCGGGCUAUUCACGGGAGAGGGAGAAUACGGGUCUUGAGGUUCCUGCGAAAGAAUUGGACGUGAACCUGAUGCCGUCGGCGAACAGCCCGUCGUCCUCCGACCGAAUAAAUUUUUCAGGAGGCGGCGGCGGCGAGCAAGGAGGUGCGGUGGCGGAGGAGAGGUCGUCGUCUAGGUUCAGCGAGGAGGAGGAGAACGGCGGGGCAAGGAAGAAGCUUCGGCUCUCAAAGGAACAGUCCGCCUUCCUGGAAGAGAGCUUCAAGCAGCACAGCACCCUCAAACCGAAGCAGAAGAGCGCCCUCGCAAAGCAGCUCAAUCUCCGGCCACGGCAGGUGGAAGUUUGGUUUCAGAAUCGCCGAGCAAGGACGAAGCUGAAACAAACCGAAGUAGACUGCGAAUACCUGAAGCGUUGCUGCGAGGCCUUAACAGAGGAGAACCGUCGCCUCCAAAAAGAGCUAUCUGAGCUUAGAACUCUUAAAGCCACCCAUCCCUUCUAUAAUCAGCUUCCAGCCACCACUCUCUCCAUUUGCGCCGCCUGCGAGAGCCCAUCCAAAUCCACCGAAGGCGCCGAGGCCGGCGGCGCUGCUUCUGCUUCAAGAAAAUUAGGUCCCUUUACUGCCCUCUUUGCCAAGGUUCACUUUCAUGCCUUAACCAACCCGCCGCCGGCUCCGGCUCACCAGCCAUCGGCCGCCUCUUAAGCACCCGCGUCGUACGGCGGAAGCGGUUGUUGUGGCAAACGCUGUGAAUAUUCAUGCUUUGAAGGGCAGAUAUUUUUCACCCUUUAUCGUUUUUAAGUUUUUGUUUGAUUUUUUCUUUUUUGCUUCCUUUUGUUUGUUAAAUAGCUUGAAGAAUAGUUUUAUAGUGAUUUGAAUAUUUGGAUACUGAUUACAGAAUUUACUGAAUAUUUUGGAGGUUAGUAAAUUCAUUUCCUUUUUAUUUUA